AUGAAGGUCCUCGCCACAGCCCUCGCCUUGCUUCCAUGGGGAAUCUACGGGAAGGUCUCUCCCUAUAUCGACCAAAAUGGAAAGGCGGCAUGGGAUGCCAAUGCCAACAAGACGUUCUGUCUACCAGACCAAAACAGCUGCGAUGUUAAAUACACUUACUUUCUUGAUCUCAACCAUUGCUUCAUAAACACGGGCGGAAUCAUUUAUCCAGCGAAGGAAGGGAAUUUGGGUUGCAGAAACUGUAAAGAUGGAGUGCAGUGGGCAUCGUUUGAAUGUGACUGCGACAUCUGGGCUUCCGGCACUAGGAAGUCUAUGGGUUUCUUAGAUCCGUCAGCGUCGGCGUUAUCUCCGAUCCGAUGGGACUUCGACAAUAAAACCAAAGCCAUGGUCCCUAAAUGUUAUGACACUUUUGCUACUGUCAUCCCUAUUACCCAUUGA